AUGCACCUCCACAGAAUUCAGUUAAAGAGGAUCAAAUCGCUCGCUACCUCCAUCCCAAGGAGUUUCUUUCACCUUCGCGUACAGACACGAGCAUUCAAUGUUCAUCAUGACACCAUUUCUUUACGUUUGGCCAGUAGAAACUACCUGCGAACAAGAAAAUUUUUGCUCAUGUUCUACGAUACUGGCAGCGUACUGGUUAUCUUUGGAAUGUUCACUGCUGUUGCUCUGCUCGUAUGGACUAUGGUGUCACUCCUGUCUUCCACUUUCCUACGAGUGACUGCGCCAGAUACUUCAGCGUCGUUGUUGAAGAGAGCUGUCGAAGUCACGACUCGCGCAACGACAUAUUCUAGAGUCACGCAUGCUGUCAAUCCAAUUAUCCCUGGCUUGACCGUUCCAUUAAAACACCUACCGCUGAUUCUACUCUCCCUUUGCAUCAGUCAAAUCGUGCAUGAAAGUGGACAUGCUAUCACUGCAGCAAUUCAUCGGAUCCCUAUGCUGGCGGCAGGAGCAUCUAUGACUUUCAUGUUCCCCGCCGCAUUCGUGACGUUGCCUUCUGCAAGGGUCGAGGAGUUGUCUUCAUUCGAUCGCUUACGGGUUGUAACUUCAGGGUGUUUUCAUAACCUGACGCUCUGGCUGAUUCUACUGGCUGCGGGCUGGUCUGGUAUUGGACAACGGAUACUGUUGGUAGGUUAUGAAGAUGUUUUUACCAGAGGGCUAAUUGUGGCCCAUGUCGAAGCCGAUUCCCCUCUGAGCAUGCAUCUUCCUGUUGGAUCUUUCCUGACGACACUUGACGAUCUUCCGUUGCACUCAUCUCGCGAUGCGUGGUCCACUUAUCUACUGGAACCUAAUCCAACCGUCUAUAAGCAGGGGUGGUGUGUGGAUGUAUCGCGGCUUAGUGGUGAGCAUGGUACCUGCUGCUGUGUGGAUACUGACAGUAGUACAUCAUCAUCAUCCUGUUUUGUGUCAUUUGAAAGUACGAUUGAAGAGUAUUGUACCGAUCCGGUACCCAUACUGUCAAAAAUGCAAAACCGAUGCGACUCCUCGAUGUCGUGUCUGGAAUCGCAGUCGUGCAUCAAACCGAGGGAAGACCGAGAUAUCUUACGGAUUACAGUGAAUCAUGAAGGGGCAGGCACCGAAGACGAGCGCAUCGUGCUCUGGAGUGGCCCCAGGUACGAAGUUUGGGAGCAAGUUCAAACAACGCAUCUCGCACCGCGUUUUGGCAUCAUACCCCUAGGACUACCCCUCGUAUUUGCAGAUUUCUUCCAGUACCUGAAGCUCACGAAUCUAUCAUUAUAUCUUUUCAACUCGCUGCCCCUGCCCGCAUUGGAUGGAUCUCGACUGCUAAUAAUUUUACUAGAAAUCGUCUUCACCAAAUGGUCUCAUACUCCUUCGACCAUGAUCGACAUCGAGGCACUGAGGACACGUGGAAGUCGUUCAUAUGAAAGGAGAGUGCAGCAGGUACUUCGAACCUUCAUAAUGAUCGGUACAUGCACGCUUUUGGGGUCGUGCGUCAUGCUUGGUAUUAUAGAAUGGAUGAUUGUAUGA